CGUUUAAAUUUGACAAUGACUGAUACAAUUCGACAGGUCUCGGGAUAAAUUACUACAGCUGCUUACAAAGAAUUUCGUGAUUUUAAUUGUGGAAAAUAAUAGUAUCCUCAUAAUAUUACAGCCUUAUGUUUGUUAAAAAGUUCAAAGUGUUCAAAUCCAGACAAAUUAAUCAAUUAGAACUGUUUCCUACCUAACUAUCUUACUAAAUUGCUCCAAUUGUUUACCUUAGGUCAUCGAAUACGCAUCGCUGAUUUCGUAAGAACUUUCGACAAAAAUGUCUAAAAUAAAAAAGCUUACGGGCUCAUUCCGCUAUACGCAAUGGGACCCCUGCCUUAUCGUGUCUCAGAUAGUGGCAAUGCAGUCUCUAAUGUAUUUAUGCCUUUGUUUGCUCACCGCUAUCAUGCAAGAUCUCACAGGUUCUGCUAGGACCCUGGACCAUUUAUUUGAAUAUCACGAAAUCCAUGUGAGGGACAGCGAAGGCCGAGCGGUGAUAGCAGCGUUCGUGGUGAAUGCUGUCAUCGGAUCAUUCCUGCUGUGGCACAUUGUUGGGAGAACCAAGUUGUGCUUAGACUUUAGUUGCACCUACCACGGCAUACACCUGCUAGUCUGCUGGAUUUACAACGGUAACUUCCCCACCACGUUUUCAUGGUGGACCCUGAACGUAGCCUGUGCAGCGAUAACGUGUGUCACUGGAGAGUUCCUGUGUCUCCGGACGGAGUUGCAAGCGAUACCUCUCAGCAAUAUUGGGAGCAAAGUGGACUUAUGAAAGUUUGUGUGGUUGUGACUGAUGUGAUGGGAUCUCUUUUAGGUUAAGAAGAGUUUUGAAAGGACUGUAUUUAACUGAUGUGCUGCAUUGCAGUUCGUUUGGACAAAAUGUACAGUUUGACCUAGCUCCAAAAGAGUGGUAUGAGAUACUAACUCGAUAAAUCUUUUUUUUUUUCAUAAAUUUUAAAAAUGUAUUAUCUGACGUAAAUCCGAGUGUAGGCUACUCCCUAGGAAAGGAAAGGAAAGGAAAAACUUAUUUGUGACAAAAUGUCAGAUGAUAGGUAUGUAUAAUCGAAAAUCAUUUGACCUAAGUGAAUUUGACCUGAGACUUCCAGUUUGACAGAAUGGCGUUAUACUACCACUAAGUGACAGUGACGAAUAGCGAACCUACGAUCUUGUUCUGAUAAUGUAGAAAUAGCCUCAAGAAGUGGUACAGUUGAUUUGGGAGAAACUUGACGCUUAUAUGGUUAUUAGUCUCUUGUAUGUAGUGUCCGACCGAAGCUUCGGCUUCGGCUUCGGCUUCGGCCACCUUCGGCCAAAAAAUCCACCUUCGGCGAAACAUUCGGCUUCGGCCCAAAAUCCGGCCGAAGCCGAAGGUUUCGCCGAAGGUCCGAGCGACCGUCGAGAUU